AUGGAUCUCCUGCUGUUUGUCCUCCUGCUCGUGGCUCCUGCUCACUCCUGGCUGUCACUAGAGGAUUGGGGCUCUGGCAGUGUUGAAGGCUCCGUCGGAGAGUUUGGGCAGUGUGUUUGUAAUGUGUUCCUGCCUGAUACUUCAUUCCCAGCAGACCGCAUGGAGUACAUGCAGAUAACCUCAAAUCAACUGUCUGUAAAUGUCAAGCUCCAGAUCAACAAGAUCAGUAGUCUGAAAGUUCAGCUGGACGUUCUACUCAGCAGUCUCUCCAACCUCACAGCUCGUGUGGAGAUUCUAGAGAGUGGACCAGACAAAUACAUCAAACUGGACUUUGAGCUCCUCCGCAUUGAGCUCAGAGAGUUUGAGGUUCUGGUCACACAACUGAAAGCAUCUCUAAACUCCUCUUCACCAGCCUUUGAGAGUCUCUACACCGAGAUUCGCAAUAUGAGCUUAAUUGUUGACCAACUGGAGAACUAUGACCGAAGCAACUUAGAAGUGAUCCGCAUCGAGUUUGCCAAACUUCAGCGGAAACUGGAGAAAUGUCAAGAUGAUCAGGAUGACUUCUCUAAUGCAGAAAUAGGGACCUGUAAGCAUGGAGGUAUUCUCAGGAUUGGAAAACCCAUCAUCAACCAGCUGAAUGCAUAUCUGAGUGCAAGUUAUAAGUACGGAGGAUGGGGCAAAGACUCAAAGCCCCUGCCUGGGUCUGAAAACAUGUACUGGUACUCCGGCUAUAGCGACACACUGGUCAGCAGAAUCACACAGUACUCAGACUACUACAAACUGAUCAUGAGACAGGCCUUUAGGACACAUGAGCUUUAUGUCUAUAAUAGAUAUGAUUGGCGAGGCACAGGAAACAACUACGUUGUGCGUGAAAACACCCUGUACUAUCAGUACAGGAGCCCUUUUGCUAUGGGAAAGUUCAACAUGACCAGUGCAACACCUACAUAUAAGGUGAUUCCCAAGGCCAGCGCCCAAUUCUCUUACCAUUACUCAGCCAACCAGAACCUGGACUUUGCAGCUGAUGAAUCCGGCCUGUGGAUAACUUACGUCACAGAGGAAUCAAACGGCACACUAGUUUUAGGGAAGAUCAAUGAGCAAUCAUUUGAAAUAAAGGAGGUCUGGCAAACCAGCGUAUUUAAGCAGUCUGUCACAAACGCCUUCAUGAUUUGUGGUGUCCUGUAUGUGACCAGGUCAGUAGAUACUGAAACAGAAGAGAUCUUUUACACCUAUGACACCAAUAAAAAUAAGGAAAGCUAUGUAAGCAUUCCUUUUGAGAAGUUCCAGGACUUUUAUGUGUACCUGGACUACAAUCCCACCGAUCAGAGAAUUUACAUGUUCAACAACGGUUACUAUGUGUAUUACAACAUAAAGUUCAAGGUUGUUUAGAUGAGCUACUGCU